ACUGACUGGAAGACCAACAGAGACAGAGCUGACUUCCAGUCAAUAUAAAUUAAAAACUUUGAUCAAAAGUCAUUUGAGAUACAUGUUUGCAGUUAUGAUUCAGAAGUUUGCUUAUUUAAUGCUACUUUGAAAGACAGAAACCUCUUUUCUGUGGAUAAAGGUUUGCUGACAUUUGAGUUUAGAAUAAGUUUUGACAGUUGGAGGUGAACUGAAGAUACGAAUCAGCCUGGGGUGGAUUACCAAGACCUGAAAAUAAAGAUCCAAUCACCAGAAUUAAUGAUAUCAAGGCCACGUUAAGUGGUAAAGUCGGCAAGCAAGAUGGAGGAACUUAGGCACAGAGGAAAGAAAAGGGAGGGGAGACACAGGGAUACAUGGGAUCCAUUCCAGCUGAACCCAGUAGGAGCUGAGAAGGAAAGUAAGAGAAUAUGUCUCCAAGUGGCCCAGUACCUGGUGACUGUUUUUGUGGGAUUAGCUGUCUUGACCAGUGCUGUUCUAGCUAAGGGCAGUCUCUUGGUGUUGUCAACAUUGUCCAGUCCAAAAUCACGCCGCGGCAAAACUGAAAAACAGUUUUACACGCUAAUGUUGGUUUUCUGCCUGGUCUUCCCCAACUUCCUGCUGUUUCUUAAGUCCCUGUGGAGGUGUGCCUUCAAGAGCUUUGUACGACCCAACAUGAAGACCAUGGCAUUUAUUUGUGCCAUUGAGUGUCUGGUGUCUCUUGGUACUUCAGUCCUGGUGAUCGUCGUUAUGCCUCAGUUUGAUGUGUUGACUAAUCUCUUCAUCAGCGGAGGAGUCUGUAUUUUAUCUGCCAUUCUGCAGAUAGUACUCAGACUACAGAAAGAAAAAUGGAAAAUCAUUUUCCCAAUUUGCUCACUCAUUCUCACAGUUGCCGGUUACUGCCUCCUGGGUGUUGACUACUUUGCGCGUGUAUCAUCAUUUGUGGAUGGACAGAAAAACGACUGCUAUAUCUACAUUGGCAUAGGGAUUUUUUCUUCACUGCUCGUCUCCCUUUGCUGGUGGGAAAAUCCACUGCAAGCUGCUAACCGCAUGCAGAAAACGCUGUUAGAACUAGAGGGCUUCAGGGACUUUGUGUUUGUCAUCAGCAGUAUACUGAGGAUAAUUGUCAUAGGAGGGGUGUACUUGAUCUACUCUAAGUGUAUUCAGAACUCUAUCAUCUGGUCGGACUUUAGGCUGCAUGAUGACUUGGAAUUAGUGCUAAUAGGACUCGGGCUGUUUGCCUUACAGGCCUUCUGCUCAGCAGCUUGCCAUUGGUUUGGUGUGGUGGCCUGUAAGAUUCAUGCAGUGAGGAUGGGUUUUGCACUACCAGUAUGUUGCACAGGGCCUGCAGUGCUAUUGCUGGGACUGAUACUUUUCCUUACACAAGCAGAAAAAUUGGAAGGAGCAGUGCAUGGGAGCAUGAUAGAGUUUUGUGAAAGCUUGGCCCACUUGAACUAUGAAAACACAACCACUAUGGUUUUACUGGAAAUCACAAGGAGCAUUUGUCACACUUCACUUGGCAGCGCCUACUUACAGUGGCCUUUUUCAAUGCUCAUACUGGAGGGACUGUGUAUGUGGUUGGGCUUCAUCUCAUGUACCUACUAUGUAUGGAAGAUAAAGGUCCAGCGUAUAGAGAGAACUUCACAGCUCUUUGUUCGUCGGCUCUAUGAAUCUGCUUUCAUUGACUUGUCUCUGCUACUCAACACCAAGAUGAAGGUGGCACGAGCCCAAAAUCAAGAGAGCCAUGAUGACAUACAGAGCUGUGUGAUCUAUCUUUGUGCCACCAUGUGGCAUGAGACCUAUGAUGAAAUGCUGAAGAUUCUCACCUCCAUGUUCAGGUUAGACCGGUAUCGAGGCGAUCCAAACCAGCAGCAUAAUGACUGUUUUGAUUUUGAGUGUCACAUUUAUGUGGAUGACGCCUUCAUGACUGAAAAGGACACAGGAAAGAGGCUGGUUAAUUCUUACGUUAAUGACUUGAUCCAUGUUGUCAUAGAAGUUUACAGGGUGUACACCAACAAAGAACCAGAUGAUGUGUCAAUCAUAGAGGCUCCCUACGGAGGCAGGCUGAUGUUUGUUAUGCCAGAAGGCAACAUGCUCUAUGUUCACCUGAAAGACAAAAGUCUCAUCAGGAAUAAGAAAAGAUGGUCCCAGAUUAUGUAUAUGUACUAUUUACUUGGCUGGAAGGGCUACAUUACCAAGAACCCUCAGAAGAUCACACGCCAGAAUAACCCAUGCAGAGACAGUAUGGUCUCUGUGGAUGGUGAGAUUUUCCUGUUGCCUCAGUAUGACAACGACAGCAAAAGAAGAUUCAUUUCAGAUGACAACACUUACAUCCUGGCUUUGGAUGGUGACACUGACUUCCACCCUAAAGCUGUGAUUCUGCUGGUUGACAGGUUGAGGAUGUAUGACAAUGUUGGUGCCGCAUGUGGUAGAAUCCAUCCUACUGGUAUGGGUCCUAUGGUGUGGUACCAGAAGUUUGAGUAUGCAGUGGGCCACUGGCUACAGAAGACAGCAGAGCAUGUGUUUGGCUCUGUGCUGUGCAGUCCAGGAUGUUUCAGUCUGUUUAGAGGAUCGGCCUUGAUGGAUGAUAAUGUAUUGAAGAGAUACACAACAACUGCCACCAGAGCCUCUGAAUAUGUGCAAUAUGACCAAGGGGAGGAUCGCUGGCUGUGUACUCUGUUGCUACAGCAAGGAUGGCGUGUCGAAUACAACGCUGCAUCCGAUGCAUACACCAACUCACCACAGGAGUUCAAAGAGUUUUAUAACCAGAGAAGACGAUGGGGACCAUCUACACUGGCUAAUACACUGGACCUUCUGCACAGUGGUGGAGAGACCGUGAAGAGGAAUUCAUCCAUCUCCAGGCUUUACAUCUUUUACCAGAUGUUCACUGUUGGUUCCUCUAUCCUUGGUCCUGCCUCUGUGACUCUCAUGAUAGCAGGGGCUUUCCAGUUUGUCUUCAAAAUUACUGGUACAAUUUCCAUCGUCAUUGCAUGCGUUCCUCCCGUGUUCUACAUCAUCGUAUGUUUUGUAGCCAAGGCCAAUACACAAAUAACCAUUGCUGGCAUUAUGAGUGUUCUAUAUGCGUUCCUCAUGACUGCAUCCUUCUUUUCUAUCAUUGGUGACAUGGUGAUUCAGCGCACAUUCGUGACCCCCACUGGUUUGUUUUUGGUUUCCAUGGCAAUCAUGUACUUGGUGACAGCUAUACUGCACCCACAGGAGAUUGGACUGAUUAUCUAUGGUCUGAUGUAUUUCAUCUGUAUCCCCAGUGGAUACCUCCUAUUGACCAUCUACUCACUGGUUAACAUGCACGUUGUGUCCUGGGGCACAAGGGAAUCCAACAAGGGAGAAGGAGCAGUGAAGAAGAACAGUAAUAUUCUGUGUGACAAAACCUGUAAACUCUGCUGCUGGGACAUGAAGAUGCAGAUAACACAGGAAACAGAGAAUCUGAUAAUUCAACAAAUCACAGGCCAGACUGCCCAGCAAGCCCUUCCCAUUCCGCUCACCUACCAGGAAACAACUCACCAGACAGCUGCAAAAACGGAACCUCAGGCCAAAGUUAACACAACGAAAGAAACAGCGUUGGUCAUGGAAAAGGCUGAGAAAAAGCACACUGACAAACAGAAAAGGAUAACAGAAAGGAGCUAUGACACUGAUUCUAGUGACAGGUAUCUGUCUAUCAUUAAUCUGGUCACUAAAUAUUUUAGUCAUCACUUCAGAAACCUUUCAUAUGAUGAAGAUGAUGAAGAUGACUUCAACAUUGGUGACCUUGAGCUAAACGACCUUCCUGUCAGUGACUGGGUGAUGCCAGUCAAAGAAGAGUUUUUGAAGAAGCUGACUUACGCCAACAUGAAGAGAAAUCUACAAGAACAAAUACGAUACACACUUCGUAACAAAGAUGAGGAUGAUGUGUGUGAGGACUUGGUCUUAAUGUUAACAGACACUCUUAAUAGAGAACUAAGCGAAGUGGGGCCUGAGGAUAUUCUGUCAGACAGCCAUCUGGAGGAGUUACGAUCUGCACUAGAACAGCAGGCUCGGCAUACCCUUAAGAACAGUCAAAUGAAGAAACUAGUAAAGAGUGUGGAGAAAGCCAUCGAGAAAACACUGAGCGCGCCAAAGGUGCAAAGACUAGAUGAGGGCGAGCAUGACUUCUGGAACAAGUUAAUUGAUCGCUACUUGAAGCCUAUCACCGACAGCAAAGCACAUCUGGAUGAGGUCACCAGAGAACUAAAGUCACUGCGCAACAAGGCAGUCUUUCUGUAUUUCAUCGUCAAUGUGCUGUGGGUGGUAGCUACUUUCUUUCUGCAGGCCAUUGGAAAUGAUGUCAUCAGCAUCAAGAUCCCCAAGUAUUAUCCAAAUAAUAUCCCAAGAAACACAUCUGAAGAAUUUCUCAAGGUGGAGCCUCUCAGUUUGAUGUUCCUGAUCUCUUUUGCUAUUCUUCUUCUUGUCCAGUUUCUGGCCAUGUUGUAUCACAGGGUCUAUACUCUGAUCCAUGUGGUGUCCUACCGCAGCACAGAGAAAGACUACAAACAGAGAGAUGAACAUGAUGAUGGCUUGACUCUGGAGAACCCCAUGAGCGAGGGACUUAGGGUUACCAGUGACGACCUGUAGUCGGAAACAACCAGCAGUAAUGAUGAAAUACAACAGCCAGCACAAAUUAGUGUCACCACUGGCAAUCAAUCAGCAGCUCUCAAACCAGUGAGGCGCUGGCAAUGAAAUACCUCUUUUUUCAUCUUUGACAAUGCUUAAAUAAGGCACAUUUUAAUAAUGAAACGCAGACUUUGUCAACAGGCCAUGUUUACAGGCUGAAUGUCCUUCUAAGGGGACGUAAGAAGGUUUAAGAAAGAACAUCAUGUAGGUUGUACUGAAUUUACAUUGUAUUGUGCAAUAAUCUGGGAGGACUGAAAACAUUUUUUUUUUUAAAUCCUUAAAUGUGCAGUGUAAUCUGCCAUUUUUUGUUGCUUGUGUGUCUGCAUCUGGAUAUAGAUGGAAGUAAAUCACGUUCAUUUGUUUAAAUUAAUUAUAUUUUUUAUAUGCUAGAUUAGUUUCAAGUGUAAAUUACAUUAACCCGUCAUUGUAUCAGCGCAAUUAUGUCUCCAGCUGUUGCCUUUCACAGCAAUGCACUUUAGAAAAUUGACUGAAUGUGCUAGAAAUGAAUUAAAUCUGCCUGGAAAACAACUGACAAGAAGACAACUGAAAUAAAGCUUUGUAAUUUUAUGUCUAAAUUAUGCUGACAUUGUCUGACUCAUGAUUGGCAACUCAACGUCUUCUUAUGCCGCUAAUAUGUUCUUGAUGAU